GGCCCCUCCGCGCGGGAGCCGGGCGCGCCAUGUACACGAUCACCAUGGGACCCAGCAAGCUGGUGGCGCAGCGCCGCUCAGGCCCUCCGCAGCAGCAAGUGGAGGGCAGGCUCGGCGAGUUCCUGAAAUGCCGGCAGCCCGCCCCGCCGACGCCACCGCCUCCGCGGGCGCAGCCCCCGGGCCCCUGGCCCCUGUCCAGCUCAGGGCCCAGGCUGGUGUUCAACCGGGUGAAUGGCCGACGUCCCCUUGCCACGUCCCCAUCCCUCGAAGGGGCCCAGGAGACCUACACACUAGCCCAUGAGGAGAACGUCCGCUUUGUGUCCGAAGCCUGGCAGCGUGUGGAACGCCAGCUGGAUGGGAGCCCAGCCUGCGAGGGAGGCCUGAGGCCCGUGCAGUACGAAGAGAGGACCCCUAACCCCCGGCUACAGAACUUCGUACCCAUCGACCUGGAUGAGUGGUGGGCCCAGCAGUUCCUGGCUAGAAUCACCAGCUGCUCUUAGCCAUAGCCUGGGGAGAAGCGCUGCUUAAAGAGCCGCCUGGCUCCGGCGGACCUGCAGCCAGAAGAGGACCCUGGCACCUGACUCCGCCAGGCCUGGCUGGGUGCUGGCCACACCGGAAGUGCCAGAGUUUGGACUUUUGCACCUUUUGUUCCCUCAGCCUGACUGCCCUAGGCGGCCAGGCAGGAGUUGAACUUGCCUGCUGACCUCCAUUCUACCUGCUAUGACAACGCUGGGGGUUGGAGGAAGGGGCUGCAGGCAAAUAAAGUCAUGGACAAAUUGCA